UGCCCGUUUCGUUAUGUUACUUCGUCAUCGAACGGUCGUAAUUACGGUUUGAAGACCGAGGCCCUCCGUGAGCGGCCGCAGCGACUGCGGCAUCUGGCAAGAUUACAGUACAACCCGCAGAGCACUUCUGGAGACAAAGAGCCGUCCGCAGACAGGUAACGAGUUUGCAGGAGUCGACCGGGAAAUCGUCGGCAGCGAAAAAAUAGGAGCGUUGUAGUAAGUGUAAUGAGACUAAUUUUUUUCUGGCUGGUCGAUUGUACGCGGGUCUCAAGUUCGGGUGCACAUGCCGUUAACGACUCCAGCUCUGAUAACUCACGAGCAGACCUGCUCCUGCCCGUCCUCCCCCUCCUCGACUCGACCCGUCUCCGAGGGAGGAGACGGUGAGAGGGUUUAAAUAUCGUCGUCACUUCGGUUUUUCCCCUUUUCGCAUUCGGCGUUCUCUCCCUCCGGACUAGAGCUGAGAUCCAGCAAUGGAUCGCGCUCUUUGUUUUCUGCUGAUUUCCGUUCUCGCUCUCUCGCUCCUGGUGUUUCAUGUGCAUGCGAUAUUCAAUGAGCAUGCGCCAUUCCAUGGUCACGUUGAUUUCCAGAAUGGUGAGGAAGAUUUUCAAGCGCCGACGUUGAGCCCGAGGUCCACUGAUUCACCGAAUUUGGAGGUCGCGAAUGUCGAGUACGCGAGUGGGGAUGAUGGGUCCGAGGCCUUUACGUUUGCAGCUCCGAAGGGGCGGAAGCUGUGGAAGCGCAAUCAUCGGAUUCGCCGAGGGAGGAGAACUGCGAUUUACGAUAUUCUCGAUUCUGGGAAGAGGUUCGUCACGAACAAAGGGCCUGGUUCUAAGGAGCAAUUCGCGCAGGAAUUGGGAGUACGAGCUCAGGAGGCAAGAAUAUCAGCUCAGCAGGCGUUCCAGGCGUACAUCGAGGGUUCAGACUACUACCCGGACCAUCAGUCGAAAAACUUCCCUAGAGCGAAUGCAAUGAGCAGCGACGAAGACGAGGCAGCUGCGCAGGCAUCUCUCGCGCAUAGAACGCUUACGGGAGCUCCCGUCUCCGCUCCGGGAUCUGCUCCGAGCAUGGCAUUCGACAGCUGGGAGCUCGAUCAGCCCAAGCCUGUCUCCGGCUCAAUUAUGUAUCUGAACGUGAACCAGGAGGGGAACGGCAACUUCACCACGAUACAGGAAGCAGUGGACUUCGUCCCGAAGGGCAAUUCGAACCGCGUCGUCAUCAGAAUCUACGCUGGGGUAUACAGAGAGAAGGUGGUGGUUCCCCGCAACAAGCCGUUCAUUACAUUUCACGGUGAGGAUCAGAAGAGGACAAUUAUAACGUGGAAUGCGACGGCGGCUACACGAAUGGAACCGGAUGAUAGAUUCGAUCCUUCUCAUGAAUUCGCACUCUUCGGAACAAUGCAGAGCGCGUCAGUCUCGGUUUUUUCUGAUCAUUUCAUGGCACGCAGCAUUACCUUCGAGAAUUCUGCUCCUGCGCCGAAUCCGGGAGCGGAGAACUCGCAAGCUGUGGCUUUUCUCAUUGGGGGAGACGCCGCCGCCUUUUAUGAAUGCUCUUUCCUGGGUGCCCAGGACACUCUCUACGACUACAAAGGUCGUCAUUACUACUACAAGUGUUUCAUCCAGGGAUCGAUCGACUUCAUCUUCGGGAAUGGCCGGACCUUGUUUCAGGAUUGCACGCUGUCGAUCAUCGCGAAGAAGUUCGGUGCUAUAGCCGCGCAGCAGAAACAAACGCCCGAAGAAGAAACGGGGUUCGUGUUCAUCGGAUGCUACGUGAAUGGGACAGGAUCGGUGUAUCUCGGACGAGCGUGGUCGCCGUACGCCUUCAUCAUCUUCGCGAAUAGCUACUUCGAGAACGUCAUCAAUCCAGAAGGGUGGAGCGACUUCGGAGAUCCCAAGAGGAGGAGCACGGCGUAUUUCGGAUUGUACGAGAACAGCGGGCCCGGGGCUGCUCCAUCUCGCCUCGUACCGUGGUCGAAGAACCUCACAGUCGACGAAGUCGAACCAUAUCUGGGUCAGAACUACGUCAUGCAGUGGUUGAUGGAUCCCGGCGUCGACGCAGCUUACCCUCCGGUUAGCGCGGCUGCUCCGUGGUCAGGUCCAAGACCGUAGGCCGUCUCUGUGGAGACAACUCAGGUCGACGUAGCGAACUGCGACGUCGGAUGUCUUGGGGUAUAUCCGACGUCAACAGCGCGGAGAAGUUAUCAGACUUCUCCAACUUAGUAGGGUUAGUGGAGAGGAUAUCAGACUUGUAUCUGCAGCUAAGUUAGUGGUGUAGAUUUCAGACAAAUCUCGUCUCUUCUAGAUUAGUUAGUGUAGAAGACAGAAGAUAUCUCCAGCAAGCGGAGAAUUCAUUCGGCAUCGAAAGUAGAGGAAUAAGGACAUGAUCAAAUUUCUCUACUCAGCAAGUGUUUGGACAACGUCGGUGUGUUUUCGACAACGUGGACUAUGAAGUAGAUAUGAAAUCAACGUGGCACUAUUAUUGAUUACGUAGCAUUCAAUUACAUACUGAGAGCGUAGACAACCAUUGUUUGUCGACGUGGACCUCCAAAAUCUGCCAACUGGACCCUCCUCUACAAUCAAUGUCUGCAACUAGGAUAGACAAGUGUUAUCCACUCCUGACAGCAUGGACAUGUUUUUCCAACGUGGACAUAAUGGUCGAAUCCACUGUACAGUACCUGCUUUCAC